AUGGACUUGGCAGACAUUCUUGUGGCGCUGUUCAUCGCUGUGGUGCUGAUAGUCUCCUUGUUGUCCAACCUGUUGGUCUUGAUAUGCUUCGUCUACAGCUCGGACAUCCGCAAGCAAGUGCCGGGCAUAUUUAUCGUGAAUUUGUCUUUCUGCAACUUGCUUCUCACGGUCCUGAAUAUGCCAGCCACACUGCUGGGGAUUGUCAAAAAACAGCAGCCGUUUGGCGACUGCAUCUGUCAAACAAUUGGCUUUGUGGAGACAUUCCUCAGCACCAACACUAUGCUGAGCAUGGCCGCUUUGAGCAUCGACAAGUGGAUAGCUGUUGUGUUCCCCUUAAGCUACGCCAGUAAGAUGAGGUACAAAGACGCUGUGCUCAUGGUGAGCUAUACCUGGGUCCACUCUCUCGCUUUCCCGGUGGUGGCGGUUUUCUUGAGCUGGGUCGACUUCAGUAACAGAUACGCCUCGUGUACUCUGCAUCUGCGGGAGGAGAUGCACAGACGACAGUUUACAGUCUUUACUAUUGUCUUUCAUGCCACCAGUUUUAUGCUUUCUCUCGUUAUACUGUGCUUUACGUACCUGAAAGUCUUGAAAGUUGCCCGCUUCCACUGCAGAAGAAUAGACAUUAUCACCAUGCAGACCUUGGUCUUACUGGUGGACAUCCACCCCAGUGUCAAACAGCGUUGCCUUGCGGAGCAGAAAAGUAGAAGACAGCGCGCAACCAAGAAGAUCAGCAUUUUUAUAGGGUCGUUUAUUGUCUGUUUUGCUCCCUAUAUCAUAACCAGGUUGAUAGAACUGCUUCCCUUUGUCAACAUUAACUCCUACUGGGGAGUUCUGAGUAAGUGCCUCGCCUAUUCCAAAGCUGCUUCGGAUCCUUUUGUGUAUUCGCUGCUGCGCCAACAGUACAAGAGAGUCCUGGUCAACAUAGUCAACCGGUUACUCAGAAAGGAUUUCUACCCGUCCUCUGGCCACAACAGUUCCCUGGACACAGAGAACGAUUACUGCCUGCAGAGGGUCUGAGCUCUGCCCCCUCGCCCCAACUAUGCUAUUCCGCAAGGGUGCACACAUCAUAUAACUCAAGCCUAUCGCGCCAGUGCCAUUUAUCAGAGAGCAGUGCCCAGUAACGGAGCG